AAUUUUUUUUCUAAAUCAUAAUAAAAAAAUUAUCCACACACCGAUUUUUUUUUUCUUAAUCCAUAUAAACAUUUAAUCAUGUCGGAUAACGAGAAAGAACCCGUCAAGGAUCAAUUCGACGACGAAGAGGUCGAUUUUUCCAAGUUGAAAAAGAAGAAGAAGUCCAAGAAGAAGGUCGACUUUGAAGCUGAGGCAGAUGUUGCCCCCGAGGCACCUGUCGAAGAACAAGCUCCUGUUGAAGCUGAACAAAAGGACGUUGCUGAGGAGGAUCCUGAUGCCAUGUUUGCUGAUUUGAAAAAGAAAAAAAAGAAGAAGUCUAAGCCCGUCGAGGAGGAGGAUGCUCCUGAAGGCGAAGCAGUUGCCGCCAACGAGGAAGAUUUAGAUUUCGGUGGUUUAAAGAAGAAGAAGAAGAAGAAGAAGUCUAUGGCUCAAUUCGAAGCUGAUUUAGCUGAUGAGAAUGCUGAUGAGGAGGAGGUCACUGAGGAAAAGUCCAGCAAUAAAGAAGGUGGCGACGAAACAUGGCUCAAGUCUGACAGAGAUUAUUCUUAUGACGAGCUUCUUGACCGUGUGUUCAACAUUUUGAAACAAAAUAACCCUGAAUUAGCUGGAGAAAAGAAGAAAUACACAAUUGUUCCUCCUUCCAUCCAUCGUGAAGGUAACAAGAAGACCAUCUUUGCAAAUGUUACAGAAAUUUCAAAGCGUCUUCAUCGUCCUGCUGAGCAUGUUAUUCAAUUCUUAUUCGCUGAAUUGGGUACUACCGGUUCUAUUGAUGGUGGUCAACGUUUGAUUAUUAAGGGUCGUUUCCAACAAAAGCAAAUCGAAAAUGUUUUACGUCGUUAUAUUGUUGAAUAUGUUACAUGUAAGACAUGUAAAUCUCCCAACACUAUUAUGACCAAGGAUAACAGAUUGUACUUUGUUACUUGUGAACAUUGUGGUUCUACUCGUUCCGUAUCUGCUAUUAAGACUGGUUUCAAGGCACAAACUAAGGAAGAUAGACGUGCUCUCAGAGCAUAAAUUUGAUUUGUUUAUUAUAACUAGUAUUUUUAUUAAAGAAAAAAAAAUCAAAAAU